AUUACUAUACACAGAUAUAGGCCCAGAUCGCGUCGAGACACCGCGACGCGUCUUGCGUACGGAGUAACCUAACCCCUUUAUCAUCACUCCCUCGGUUAUCGGGGCAUGUCCUAGCAAGCGGAAGGGGUCUCACGUAUGGAGUUGUAUUAUCUCCCGUUAUAUCAAGGCGUGGUAUCUUCAUUUAUACGUCCUGACUACCAUGCCGAUUUGACGCGUUAUUCUCAUGUAUCUUUAGGACAGGGUUGCAACGGCAAUGGAAAAGUUCUCAACUUUGCUGCGCUUCGGAUGUUGACCUAAUACGUGGCAUGUAAGUGGUUCAAUGGCGUCCAUGGCUAUGACUCCCUUCACUCCGCCAACGAAAAGUGGCGCUUGGUCGGGCCAAAUACGAGGGAGCGGCUUUGCAGCCCACCUUGGCGAAGGACAGGGUCCCUGCGCCGCGAAAGUGCUUCAUUUUAAGAGGGGUGAAGAGAACUCGAUUUUAAACUGUUCACUUGCUCUAUCACCGCCCAUUACACCAACCCUGCAGCACCUGACAGUAUGUCCGAUGGGAAAGAGAUUGUGCGUUCCCGGAAACUUAUUUUGUUCGAGAUCAAAGUACCAAUCAUGACUAAAACCAAUUUAGAUAAGCAUUCAUGUUGGAGAGUGGGGAGUCGACCUGGGCACGAAUAUCUGGUGAGAAUGAAUGUACGCUGCGGCUUUUGCUUUUGCUUAUUCCCCACAGGAAGGGUCUGUUAAGUGAGCAUGGGAUUGAUACCUCUGGACGGUCCAAUAGCGCAAGUGAUCUGCAACUGGAGAGACGGGGUGUCUACUUUAAUAAUACCGAAGUCGAUUACUAUAUCCCCCGCGCAAUAGUUACAGACCUGGAACCGAUCACGCGUGAACGCUUGAAUGAGAACACAAUACACGAGCUACUCCCUGGACAGAACAAGAUAUACGGCCAGAGUGGUUGCUACAACAACUGGGCAAAAGGAUUCUACAGCGCCGACGCGGGAGAAGUAACUGAGAAGGCCCUGGAUGCACUACGCUGCGAGGCAGAACAAUGUGACAGCCUUCAGGGUAUCCAGAUGACACACAGCAUCUUCGCAGGCACAGGGGGUGGCAUGGGUAGUCUACUGUUGUCUCGGCUCACAGAGGAAUAUCCGGAGAUUCAUCAAAUGACGUCCUCGGUUAUGCCAACAUAUAGUGUUGAUGAUGGGUGUGUGAUUCGGCCAUAUAAUGCUGUGCUUUCGUUGCAGUAUCUAGCUGAACAUGCAGAUUUGACUUGGCUGUUUAGUCACUGGGCUAUGAACAACAAGAUUGUCUAUCAACUGAAGAUGGACAAUUCCUGGGCCCUCUAUAACCGGAUCAUAUCAGACAUAACGUCCGGUGCGACGACAUCGCUGCGGUUCCCUACUGAGCAGGGCAGUGACUUGACUCGGUUCAUCAUGAAUCUGGUUCCUACUUCUCCGAGACUCCAUUUUCUAACGUCCGCGAUGGCUCCGGUUUACACGAGUCAGGCUCAUACCAAUUCUGUCAAGAUGACGACAACUCAACUAGCGAGAGAACUGUGUCAAGAUAGGAUGUGGACAAUGUCCUGCAAUCAACCCCGCUCACAAGUCCACGGCCGAUGUCUUGCGUAUAGUGCGAUUUUUCGCGGACCGAACGCAUCUGUUAACGAUAUUGGACAGUUUUUCCAAAACGCCAGAGAUAGGACGAGCCCUGAUUUUGUUGAGUGGAUGCCCGCAAACGCUCACCUCCACGUGUCUCCGGUUGCAGCAGCCGGAUACAACUCGGAGACCGCGGCUUUUGGGAUUGGAAAUUUUACGUCAGUUAUCGAGGAGCUGGAAGAUACUCUGCAGAUGUUUGAUACAUUGCUCAAAAGGAAGUCUUUCCUUCAUUUCUACACAGAUCAUGGUAUGGAUCAAAUGGAGUUCGUGGACGCCGCUUCAAUCAUGACCGAUUUGAUUGAGGAAUAUAAGAUGGCCGAGUCUGAUACUAUUACUCAGUAACUACCCUAUCUAAUAUGGCCUUCACAAGCCAUCUAGUAAAAUAGCAUAUGGGAAAAUCAUAAUUCAUGCAACUCAAGUUUUUUUAGAUUCAUUUAAUUAGUUACUCUAUACAAGGCCUCAAAUGCCAGCGCCGUUAGUCC